AUGAGGGAGCUGGGAAGACUGGGAAGACUGGGAAGAUUUGGGAAGAUUGGGAAGAUUGGGAAGAUUGGUACUGGGAAGAUUGGGAAGACUGGGAAGACCGGGAAGACUGGGAAGACUGGGAAGACUGGGAAGAUUGGUAUUGGGAAGAUUGGGAAGAUUGGUAAGAUUGGUACUGGGAAGAUUGGGAAGACUGGGAAGACCGGGAAGACUGGGAAGACUGGGAAGACCGGGAAGACUGGGAAGACCGGGAAGACUGGGAAGAUUGGUAUUGGGAAGAUUGGGAAGAUUGGGAAGAUUGGUACUGGGAAGAUUGGGAAGACUGGGAAGACUGGGAAGACCGGGAAGACUGGGAAGAUUGGUAUUGGGAAGAUUGGGAAGAUUGGUAAGAUUGGUACUGGGAAGAAGGGGAAGACUGGGAAGACGGGGAAGAAGGGGAAGACUGGGAAGAUUGGAAAAUUUCGAGCUUUCAUCGACUUCACCUCUCAAGGGUGUCGUACAUAA